GUCCCUAUGAGGUGUUUGCCUGACAAUCACUAAGGUAAUUCACUCUUUCUGCAUAUUCUGUUUUACAGGAUUGGUGAAAAAGACAUGUCGUACACAAAUAAUCAUCACAUUGAGGCCAACGUCGUGCAACGGGUGGCUAGUCUGCCUCUCUUCGACUCCGCCCUGAAAUCUGUUGUUUCAGUUUACACGGACGUAAAGGGCCGUUACCCGCUCCUGGGUGUGGUGGGGGGCGUGGCUGAGAUUGGGGUGCGUAAUGUGUCCCAGGUUGCCAUUCUCCGUGCCACCCCUCUCCUACUUAGUCUGGAGCCCCAGAUUGAGGUCGUCAAUAACUAUGCUUGUAUGGGCUUGGACCAGCUGGAAAAGAACUUUCCCGUCCUGCACCAGUCUACAGAGGAGGUAUUGGGUAGCCUGAAGGAUGCCUUUUUCCUGACCAUGGAUGAUGUGCAGCUGCGUGUGAAUGAUGAGCUGGACGGGAUGCAGGGGCGCUGGGACAAGCUGACCGAUGCCACCUGGUACUAUCUCCUGGCUCUGCAGGAGUCACAGCUGGGUCAGAUGGCCACCUCGGGCCUGGACGACAUCCUCACACGCUCAGAGGAGGCCAUGGCCAAGUACAUGCCCCUGACGGGUACACUGCGCCUAGAGUGGGAGAGGAGGACACAGCAGUAUGAGGAUGAAGAUGGGGAGGAUGAGCCUGGGUUGUGGACGCGGUUCCGAGGCCUCCUGCUCUGUCUGAGCCUGCAGCUGUACCACCGCCUGCUGAAGCUCAGAAACAGGCUGGAGCAGGCCAUGGGGAUGCUACAGGACGCUACCGACAGGAUGGGCCUGAGCAGGCUGCUGGAGGUGGUGGGGUCUGUGCUCCAGAUGCUGCAGCUGUUCUACGUGUCCCAGGUGUUGCGUCUGGAGGCCAUGAGGAGGCUGGUCCUGGACCAGCUGAAGGCCCAGGUCCGGGUCCUGGCUGAACUGGGACCCAUCAAUCAGCUGCUGGGACUGCCUGCUCAGGUGCAGCUUGUGGUGGCCGACCUGCAGGAGCUGGGCAAGAUCCUACUGCAGCUGCUGGUCAACAGCACCCCUCUCUACAACAUGCUCCAGCAGCCAAGUGAUCAGGAUGUGGAGGACUUCCUCAACCAGCAGGAAUCCAUGUCCUCUGACACCACUCYCCGCAGUUCUGCCAYUAGCCUCUUUCUCAAGGCCAUGGACGGCCGCCCACACAAACGCAAGAGCUCGUAUACCCUCUCCCAAACGGGCUCAACCAGUGCCCCCAGUCCAGCCUCAGCCAAAUCGCCCAACGGCAGCUGUGGCAGCCAGAAGCAGGAUGACCAGACUCUCUCUCUGGAGCUCAAGAACCUGGAUCUCCCUUCCACCAUCGCUGUGUGUUGUCGCUCUUCAGUACGCAGGGGCUCAUCCAGCGGCAUCAAUCCCCCAGACCCCAGCCCAGCUCCCGACCCAGCCCCGGGUAACCCAGCCAACAACGAUGACCAGCCUCUCUCUCGCCAGGGCAGCCAGAAGCCUGAUGACCAGCCUCUUUCUCGCCAGGGCAGCCAGAAGCCUGACGACCAGCCUCUCUCUCGCCGGGGCAGCCAAAAGCAGGAAGACCAGCCUCUCUUUGUGGAGCUGGACAGCACUGUGUGUCGCCGCUCCUCAGCCAUCGAGUUCCUCUUAGCCCCCAUCAUUCAGUACCUGAGCCCUGGGCAACUGUCAGAUGAGACUGUUAUACCUGAGGUGGAGACCACCAAGUUCCAUCCAGACACAAGAGACGAGAGCCUACCCAGACACAAGAGCCUGUCUGCCCGCUCCCAAAGAAGCUCAUCAAGUGCUGGCAUCCCGGAUGACCAGUCUCUCUCUCGCCGGGGCAGCCAGAAGCAGGACGACCAACCUCUCUCUCUGGAGCUGGACCCCCUAGAGCUUCCUUCUACCAGCAUCGUGUGUCGCCCCUCCUCGGCUGCCGAGGUCCUCGUAGGUUCUGUCCUCCAGUACAUUAACUCUGAGCCAUCCUCAGACGAGCCCGUUGUACCCGAGGUGGAGACCACCGAGAACCACAUUAAAGCCAGAGACGAGAGCCUACCCAGACGCAAGAGCCUGUCUUCCAGCUCCCACUGGAGCUUGUCCAGUGCCGUUGCACCUGUGGUGGAGACCACUGAGGACCUGAGCCCUGAGCAAGGCUCAGAUGAGGCCAUUACACUUGAGGUGGGCAUUGAGUACUACUCAGACACAAGAGACAUGAGCCCACCCAGACGCAAGAGCCUGUCUGCCCGGUCCCGUCGGAGCUCGUACAGGGCUGUUGCACCCGAGGUGGAGACAUCUGAGGGCCUGAGACCUGAGGAAGUCUCAGAUGAGGUCAUUGCACUUGAGGUGGAGAGCACUGAGUACUACUCAGAUGCAAGAGACGUGAGCCCUUCCAGACACAAGAGCCUGUCUGCUGGCUCCAACAGAAGCUCAUCAAGUGCUGGUAACCCGGGAUACCAGUCUCUCUCUCGCCGGGGCAGCCAGAAGCAGGACGACCAACCUCUCUCUCUGGAGCUGGACCCCCUGGAGCUCCCUUCUACAAGCACCGUGCGUCGCCCCUCCUCGGCUGCCGAGGUCCUCCUAGGUUCCAUCCUCCAGUACCUGAGCUCUGAGCCACCCUCAGACGAGUCCAUUAUACCCGAGGUGGAGACCACCGAGAACCACACAGAAACCAGAGACGAGAGCCCACCCAGACACAAGAGCCUAUCUGCCCACUCCCGCAAAACCUCAUCAAGUGCUGGCAACUCGGAUGACCAGCCUCUCUKUCGCCGGGGCAACCAGAAGCCUGACGACCAACCUCUCUCUCGCCGGGGCAACCAGAAGCCAGAUGACCAGCCUCUCUCUCUGGAGCUGGACCCCCUAGAGCUUCUUUCUACCAGCACCGUGCGUCGCUCCUCCUCUGCUGCUGAGGUCCUUCUAGGUUCCAUCCUCCAGUACAUUAGCUCUGAGCCACCCUUAGAGGAGCCUGUUGUACCCGAGGUGGACAACACCGAGAACACAGAAGUCAGAGACGAGAGCCCACCCAGAUGCAAGAGCCUGUCUGUCCAAUCCCGCAGAAGCUCAUCAAGGGCUGGCAACCCAUCCAACGUCCGCCAGGACAGCCAGAUGAGGAAUGACCAGCCUCUCUCUGUGGAGUUCGACAUCCUGGACAUCUCUUCUACCAGUGCUUUGCGCUGCCGAUCCUUAGCUGCCGAGGUCCUCCUUGGCCCCAUCCUCCAGUACCUGAGCUCUGAGCCAACCUCAGACGAGACCAUUAUACCCAAGGUGGAGACCACCGAGAACCAAACAGAAGCCAGAGACAGGAGCCCACCAAGACGCAAGAGCCUAUCUGCUCGCUCCCGCUGGAGCUCGUACAGUGCCGUUGCACCCGAGGUGGAGACCACUGAGGACCAGAGUCCUGAGAAAGUCUCAGAUGAGGCCAUUGCACUCGAGGGGGAGAGCACUGAGUACUACUCAGAUGCAAGAGACGUGAGCCCAUUCAGACGCAACAGCCUGUCUGCUGGCUCCCACAGAAGCUCAUCAAGUGCUGGUAACCCGGGAUACCAGUCUCUCUCUCGCCGGGGCAGCCAGAAGCAGGACGACCAACCUCUCUCUCUGGAGCUGGACCCCCUGGAGCUCCCUUCUACAAGCACCGUGCGUCGCCCCUCCUCGGCUGCCGAGGUCCUCCUAGGUUCCAUCCUCCAGUACCUGAGCUCUGAACCAUCCUCAGACGAGACCGUAAUACCCGAGGUGGAGACCACAGAGAAGAAUGCACAGUUAAGAGAUGAGAGCACACCCAGACGCCAGAGCUUGUCUCCCCGCUUCCGCAGGAGCUCGUCCAAUGCUGUUGUGCCUGAGGUGGAGACCACUGAGUAUUAUUCUGACGAAGGAGACGGCAGCCCACUCAGAUGCAAAAGCCUGUCAAUCCGCUCCCACAGGAGCUCAUCCAGUGGAGGCAACGCCCCAGCCCCCCGGCUAACCCCGGACAACACACACAAUGGCCUCCAGGGCAGCCAGAUGCAGGACAACCUGGAGGAGUUGGACACCAGCGCCGUGCGUCGCCGCUCUUGGGCUGUCGAGGUCCUCCUAGACCCCAUUCUGCAGUACCUGAACCCUGGGCACUCAGAAAAGGCCGAUAUAGAAGAGGCCGAAAUACCCGCGGUGGAGGCCACAGAGCACUAAGAAGUCACCAGUGUCCUAGAAAUGGGCCCCCUUUGAAGGCCCAGGUGUAAGACUUAUUAGUUGAUUUUAGUUUGUGGGUACACAUAAGAGGACCAUAGUUCAGCAGACAUAAUCUGUGAUAAAUCCAUUGUAAUACAAAAUGUGUCAAUGUAUGUGACUGAAAGAUUCAGGCGCUCUACUUCAUGUACAGACGCCAACCCAAAUUUGUUUUGGUUUCCUAACUGAGCAUCAUGUGACAUUAUACACCUUGUACCCCAUUAUAUAUUAGACUUAACUAUUCUUAUAUGACGUGCUAACUUGAUGUCAUAUUCUGUUUUCUGUUUCCCAAAGUAGCCGUGAGAAA